UUUCUCCUAAACCGAAUGAAGCCUUUUUCUUUCUUAUCACCUAUACUUUUGUUUGUAUACCUUCAUUUUCUUUUUUGCCCAAACAGAGUUGUUGCACAAGCAUUAGGAAACCAAACAGAUCAUUUUGCAUUGAUUAAAUUCAAAGAAACAAUAUACCGUGACCCAAAUGGAGCUCUUGAAUCUUGGAAUUCUUCCAUCCAUUUCUGCAAGUGGCAUGGAAUCACAUGCAGCCUCAUGCAUCAAAGAGUUACAAAGUUGAACCUAGAAGGAUAUCAGUUGCAUGGAUCAAUAUCACCCUAUGUUGGCAAUCUCACUUUUUUGACAGAAUUCAAUCUCAUGAACAACAGCUUCUAUGGAGAAAUUCCACAAGAGUUGGGUCGGUUGCUACAAUUGGAACAACUUUUACUCAGCAAUAACUCUCUUGCAGGAGAAAUUCCUACAAACCUCACACAUUGCUCCAAUCUUAAAGACUUGUAUUUGGGAGGGAACAAUUUAAUUGGCAAGAUACCAAAUGAAAUUGGCUCUUUGAAAAAACUUCAAUCAUUGGCCAUUUGGAAAAAUAAAUUAACUGGAGGAAUCCCUUCAUUCAUAGGGAAUCUUUCAAGCUUAACCGAUUUUUCAUUUGUGUAUAACAACUUAGAACUUAGAAGGAGAUAUUCCACAAGAAAUAUGUCACCUCAAAAGCUUGUUUUUACAAUAUCUCAUCACUUAUUGAGCUCACACUAACAAUGAAUAACUUUUAUGGCUCU